UAAAGUAAGCCACCUCACAGCUUCUGCUCUCUUUUCUUCCUGAUUCUUUUGUUGAGCGCACAAUCGCCAAAAAGAGAAACAGCUCGACUGAGACAGAGCAAGAAAUGGUAGCAUCAGUAGGCGGCGUCAUCCUAGACGAGUCGGUGCUAAUAGACAAUUCCGGCACCGCCGCAUUACGGCCGGAGGCUCUCUCGCUCCUUCGUAAGCUCCGCCAUUCCAAUCUCCACCUGGCAAUUUCUUAUUCACCUGCUCUUUCCGAUGAUAAGGUUAGUCUGCUCAAAAAGACGGCAAUGCAAUACUCUUUUGAUUGCUUUGCAUUGGAUAGUUCAUCUACGGAUGAUGCCUUGAAGGUGGUAACUUUGGCUUGGGGUCAUAUUGAAGGGACUAUUUUGUAUCUUUUUUCUAACCACAAGAAGGGUUCUUAUAAUCAAAUCAGCAAUUUGGGUUGGAUUGUUAUUGUCAUGGGUGCUGAAGUUGCUACUGAAUUUGAUAAUUCAAACGUGCUUUGUAUAAAUAAACUAGAAGAAUUGCUUGUGACCAUUUGCCACUUGAAUAGAAAGGCAGUUGGUAACAAUGUUGUGACUGUCGGCUAUAUCAUGAAGCCUUCUCGUGAAGAAGAUUUUGCUAAGAGGGGUGCAUUGCCCAUCUCUCCUACUCCAAAUGGAUUGAUUUUUCUUCCCCUGACAUUUGGACUCCCCCUACUAUCUCAAUUAAAACAUGUUGACAUGGUUCUGCAUAAAGCAACAGAUGAAAUAGUCUCUGUUGAAUUAAGUGAUUCUGCUGAAUCCUCAAGCAAAAUUACAUACACCACAGGAAUGCAGGAAUUGCAAAGGUAUUUGGAAAGUCACUCUGAUUUCUUUGUGAUUGACCCAAUUAAUAAAAUAUACCCUCUAUUGGAUCGGCUAAAAAUCCAAGAAAUUCUUCUUGGGCUGGAGGAUAUCAAUGCAGGAGGCAACCAUACAAUCAGAGGACCACAUUUUCUAAAGGUUAAUGAUUUUAAUGAGCCUGAUUUAAUACUGGGGCUGUCAGAAGCUAAACUAUCUCUCCCAAGUAUAGUCAAACCUCAAAUUGCCUGUGGAGUAGCUGAUGCUCAUAGUAUGGCAAUUGUCUUCAGAGUUGAAGAUUUUAAGGAUUUAAGAGUUCCUCUUCCAGCUGUUGUUCAGGAAUAUGUGAACCAUUCAUCCACUUUGUUCAAGAUUUAUGUCCUGGGUGAAAAAGUUUUCUAUGCCGUUAAGAAGUCUACACCAAAUGUUGAUAUCUUGGUGCAAUUAUCUGAAAUGAAUGGUCUUGGACCGUUGCUCUUUGAUAGCUUAAAAUCUCUUCCUACUAGCAGUGAGGAUCCCUCAGCGGACAGUAAUCAUUUUGAUCUUGCUCUAGUCACUGAUGCCGCAAAUUGGCUUGCAAGAAAACUUGAUCUUACCAUCUUUGGUUUUGAUGUUGUUGUCCAGGAAGGCACAGGUGACCAUGUCAUUGUGGAUGUAAAUUAUCUCCCAUCAUUCAAGGAAGUGCCAAAUGAUAUUUGCAUUCCUGCCUUCUGGGAUGCUAUUAAAAUGAAGUUUGAAUCAAGACAGGGGAAAUAGCAAUGCAUGCGUGGAGGUUCUGGACUGAACUUAAAUCAUAUUGACUGAAACAAGAACUGGAAAAGUUCCAAAAUUUGAUGAUCUUAAAAACUUUUCUUGAGAGGACAAGUGAGAAAUAAAAUCUUUUAUAUCCAAAAGGAACACACACUGGAGCAGUUCAAGGAAUGGAGAGUAUCUGGAUUCUGUUAUAAUGCCUGUUAGUAAUCUUUCUGCCAUAGUUUAUGUUACGACUCGAGAAUCAAGAUUCUCUGAGGCUUGAAAAAUAAUAUCCUUUUCCAGUCUCCA